AUGGAGAACAAACAUUUGUUUGAAGGAAAGAUAGUGCUGGAUGUCGGUAGCGGUACAGGUAUAUUAUCUUUAUUUGCUGCACGUGCAGGAGCGCAGCAUGUAUACGGUAUAGAGUGCUCAGAAAUAAUAAACAUUGCUAGAAAGAUAGCAGCAGCAAACGGAUAUGAAAAUUGUAUAACGUAUAUAGAGGGAAAAGCUGAAGAAAUUGAGCUGCCUGUACAGCACGUUGAUGUUAUUAUCUCCGAGUGGAUGGGCUAUUUCUUGCUCUAUGAGAGCAUGCUCGAUACAGUUAUAUACUGCAGAGACAGGUGGCUGGCUGAAGGCGGCAUACUCCUUCCUGAUAAAGCACACCUCUAUAUUGCUGCUAUUGAAGACGCAGAUUAUAAAGAAGAGAAGGUUGGGUACUGGGAUAAUGUCUACGGCUUAGAUUUCUCUGUUGUCAAGAAUUGCAUCAUUGAAGAGCCGAUCGUAGACACUGUAGAUGAAGCUGCUGUCGCUACCAACUCCUGCUGCGUCCUGGAGAUCGACUUAACAACUUGCACAAAAGAAGAAUUGAAUUUCUGUUCUGCUUAUAAUAUACAAUUAAAGAGAAAGGAUUUCUUGCAUGCAUUUGUAGCCUGGUUCGAUGUUGUGUUUAGCUACUGUCAUAAGCCUGUUGUUCUGAGCACUUCACCUUUAUCUAGAUAUACUCACUGGAAGCAGACUGUGUUUUAUAUGGAACAUGUCUUAGUAGGUGAAGUAGGAGACAGCGUAACAGGUUUAAUUGCUGUGAGAAAGAACAAGAAAAACCCUAGAGAUCUAGAUAUUAAAAUCUCAUACAAGUUUCAAAAUCGCCUAACACCUAAACCCAUUCAUAACACGCAAUUCUACAGACUCAGAUAG